UUUACCAUAAGUUAACAUGGCAAGCGGCAGCUCUGGGACUUUAAAAUGCGAAAAAGUGCCCGUUCCCGCCGCUUCCGCUUACAAGACGUCGUCUGGGCACCACUGCGUCGUCUUUGGAUGUCAAAACAACCAGCGCAAGAGGAAGAAAUUACUGAGCGCUGUCUGUGAAGAUCACAACACAACGCCGGAAUCGUGCCGGUGCGGCGUUUUCAGCUUGCACAGAUUUCCAUCCGCAACGAAAAACACCGAGCUUCGCCGCCAGUGGAUAAUUGCAGUGAACAGGAAAAACUACGAGCCCAGUGCAAAUGCACGAGUAUGUUCCGAGCACUUUCUGGACAACAAGCCUUCCGAGCUAAACCCCGUGCCAAUUCUUCGCCUUGGGUACACCAAAAAGGUGGUAAAAGGCAGGCGUCAGCUCGUCAGGCAGGCAGUAUGCCCUGUCAAACGACCUCGUCAUGGUGUUGCAGAUGGUGACCAACGCAGUAGUGACCAUGGUCAAAGGGAAAGUGUGGAGGACGACAUCGUGCCUAGGAUGCCACGAGUGAAACUGUACAAGUGGCAACACCUGAUCACUUCAACACAGAUGUAG